AUGUUACAUCUGGGUGGGCCACAGCUGCAACGGGUUUUUAAUACGUUGGAGGGUACUGAAGAUUUUCCGCUGGUGUUGUUAGAAAAGCGUUGGUAUGAUGUCGCAGUGGAACGUUUGGAUGCAUACUUCAAACCGCGCAAGCAGGAUGUCCUCGAACGACACCGGCUACGAAGCAUGAAGCAGGGGCCGAACGAACGUUUUUCACAUUACGUCCUACGUUUGCGCCAGCAAUUGAAGGACUGCGGGCUGGAGAAAUAUUCCCAGGAGGUGAAGAACGUCAUGGAAGAAAUUAUGUUGGUUGAUGUAAUAGUUGAGGGCUGUAACUCCAAUGAGCUGCGACGAAAAAUUCUCGAGAAAGAUCAGUCGUUGGGUGAUAUCGAGGCACUGGGAGAGUCAAUAGAGAGCGUUCGCGUACAAGAACAGGAACUAAAGAUCGAGAAAAGGGGCAUUGAAUCAGCAGAAGUUUGCAAGGUGCAGAGCUCCGUGAAAACGAGAAAAGAGCGUAAGGAAGAAAAGGUCAUCAACCGGUUUCCAACCGUUUCAUCGACCUACAAUGGUUCAAGGAUUUGUUUCGCCUGCGGUCGACAGGGGCACAUGUCAAAAUCUCCUAUGUGCCCCGCGAAAGAUCAGAUCUGCCGGCGGUGCAAGAAACCCGGACAUUUUGAAAAUGUCUGCCGCAAGCAUCCUUCUGAAUUUCGACACCCGGCGCCCCCAAAGAAAGUGCAAAUUGUUGAAGAUAUUGCCGAUCAUGCUUCUGAAACUCUGCAUCAGGAUUUGCAACCCGAGCCCCAACCAGCAUCUCAAUCGAUGCCUUAUCGCACUGCAGCCGAACGAAAAGUGUACUACACUUUCUAUACCGGAAGUGAUACGAAUGUUUUCGCCUGUACAAUCGGCGGAGUGAAGACUGAGGUAUUCAUUGAUUCUGGAUCCGAUGUCAAUUUGAUCACAUCGGAUACAUGGGCGAAACUGAAGGCGCAGCAGAUCGUCGUAUCGAAAUGCGAGAAGGGUAGCUGCAAGGUUCUGAAAGCGUACGCAUCAAGCAAGCCACUGACUGUUCUGGGGACUUUUCAAGCAGUCAUCGAAAUCGGAAAGCGAUCUGUGGAAGCGGAAUUCAUGGUGGUGCAAAACGGGCAGCGGAAUUUAUUGGGCGAUACGUCUUCGAAGCAGUUAGGAAUCCUGAAGAUUGGUUUGGAGACAAACCAAGUGUCAAACGAGGAAGGAAAUGAUUCUCCGUUCUCCAAGAUAACCGGGAUGAAAGUCCGAAUUUCUAUGGACCCAAAGAUCACUCCAGUGUUCCAACCGUUACGGCGAAUCCCAAUUCCUUUGGAAGCAGCAGUUAAUGAAAAGCUGGAUGAACUGCUACGCAGAGAAAUCAUCGAACCGAAACAAGGUCCGGCUACGUGGGUAUCGCCGUUAGUGGUUGCCAACAAGACGAACGGUACUAUUCGACUUUGUGUUGACUUACGCCGAGUCAACCAAGCUGUGAUUCGGGAGAGGCACCCUAUGCCUAUUAUCGACGACGUGCUGGCGAAAAUCGGAAGAGGAAAGGUUUGGAGCGUCCUUGACAUCAAAGAUGCAUUCUUCCUACUGGAACUAGAAGAGGAAUCGAGAGACAUCGUGACAUUCAUCACACAUCGUGGGCUUUACCGUUUCACACGGCUGCCGUUUGGCCUCGUGUCGGCCCCAGAAAUAUUUCAACGAAAGAUGGACGAAAUUCUGGCCGACUGCGAGGGCACAUACUGGUAUUUAGACGAUGUCGGCGUAGAAGGGAGCAGUGUUGAAGAACACGAUUUGAGAUUGAAGAAGGUAUAA